AUGGCGGACGAGGAGGCCGAGAUGGACCGUGGUCCAACUAACGAUGUUAACGUGAUUCUACCAGAACUAAAGCAGCGGCUGAAAGAGCUGCAGGAGACGGCGACGGCAGAGACAGAAGAGUCCCCUGUGCAGGCCUCGUCACGGUAUUGUCAAGACUUCUGUGGGGCGCUGCUGGAGUACGCCGGCUGCUGGCGUGUGGACGAGGAGCCGCUGCCCGUGGUCCAGGUCUACAUGGCGGCUCUGCAGAGUUACGCCGACUCGUCUGUUCACUUAUCUGUGGAGUGUGACAACGUGGCGCUGGUGGUGGAGCGGCUCGCACUGAGUUUUGUGGAACUGCUGCUGUCACUAAAGGAUCUUCCGGAAGACCUCUGGAAGGAUCUCAGUUCAUGUGUCCAGGAUUCACAUGAAAAACUCCAGACGAAUGGAAUCGCGCAGCUCUCUAUGCUCUCGACCCUGAGCCAACAGAAAGGGGUUUGGGCCAACCCCAUUCUGCAAGGCCUACUGUCUGGAGAGGAACUCGACCCCGCACAGAUUGAGCAGUUGCUGGUGGAAGAAGGCCGUAGUCUGCUGGAGUUGAGAGUGAAACAGUUGAUGAAAGACCAGCAGUUGGAGAGAGCGGCGAGGCUGGCGAGGACCUGCUCCGAAAGUCUGAGCGACGGCAAGACCGGCUUCAAGCAAAUGUACCUGGUCUGCCUCUGCUCCACGUUAGAGCAGGACAAACUGAUGGAGGAGCUUAAUAAAGUGGACUGUCGGGAUGCGUUGGAAAUGAUCUGUAACCUGGAAUCUGACGGCGACGAGAAGGCGGCCUUCACCCUGUGUUCUGCUUUCUUAACGCGACAGCUCCUGGAGGCAGAUGCUUACUGCGCCUGGGAACUGACGUUGUUUUGGAGCAAACUUCUGAAGCGACUUGAGCCUUCAGAGAAUGCUUUUCUGGACAAAUGUGGUCAAAUGUCGUUACUCUCCAAAACUGUCUACCACAUCUUGUUUUUUAUUAAAGUCAUCCAGUCUGAGAUUACGGAGGGCGGCCUUCCGAUGUGUAUUGAAAUGUGCAUCCGAGCUCUUCGAAUGGAGUCGCAGGACGUAAACACUAAAUCCACAGUGUGUAAAACCAUCGCCUGCUUGCUUCCCAAUGACCUGGAGGUGAAGCGGGCCUGCCAGCUCACCGUGUUCCUCCUGGAGCCGACGGUGGAUUCCUUCUACACUGUGGAGACGCUCUACAAUGAACCGGAUCAGAAGUUUGAGGAAGAAAAAAUGGCGGUCCCCAACUCGCUGCGUUGCGAGCUGCUGCUUGUCUUCAAAACGCAGUGGCCUUUUGACCCGGAGUUCUGGGACUGGAAAACGCUGAAACGCCACUGCCUCGCUCGCAUGGGACCAGAGGCUUCCAUAGUUUCCUCCAUUGACACUUUGAACGAUUCGGACGAGCUUGAGGAGGAAGAAAUGUACUAUGAUGAUGGAUUUUUAGAAAGCGGCCCGGCUGGAAUAAUCAGCGGAACUUACGAACUGAACGAAGACAUGGACAAGAAACAGAAAAACAAGGAACAGAAGAAGCUGCGAGAAAAGGGAUUUAUUUCGGCCAGGUUUCGGAACUGGCAGGUCUACAUGCAGUACUGUGUGCUCUGCGACAAGGAGUUUUUGGGCCACAGAAUUAUCCGUCACGCACAGACUCACUUCAGCAGAGGCAUGUACAGCUGCCCCAUCUGUGCCCAGUCCUUCAGCUCCAAAGAGACCCUGAACCCCCACGUCACGUCACACGUCAAACAGUCGAGUAAAGACAGACUUACCGCCAUGAAGACCAACAGAAAACUGGUCAAUCCCAAAACCCCUGCCCCUGUUAUAGCUGCUAUCAUAGCCAAGACUGAACGCUGUGUUACAAAAAGUGCUGGUUCACCGGGGCAUAACGCUACAUGCUCAAGUGUGGACGAGCACAUGUGUCCGGUUGGAACGUGCCGAAAGAUCUUCAAGUUCUACAAAAACCUCAUUGCUCACGUAAAGUCCCACAAAGAGAACGAGGAGGCCAUGUCUUACCUCGAACUGCAGAGAAAGAAGCCGUGCCAACACUACCGCCCAUGCAUCCUCACAAUGGUCCGGCGUCUGCUCCUGUACCUGUACCUGUACCUGCUAGCAUGCCAGCUAACAUGCCAGCUCCCAUGCAAGCUCCCAUGCAAGCUCCCAGGCAAGCUCCCAGGCAAGCUCCCAUGCAAGCUCCCAUGCAAGCGCCCAUGCAAGCGCCCAUGCAAGCGCCCAUGCAAGCAUCCAUGCCAGGUCCCCUUCUACCUCCCGUACCAGGACCAAUGCAAGCAGUAUCACCACAUGUGCCCAGAUCGAGCCAAAGGGCUACUCACACAUGGGAAACCGUUAAAUAAACCGGGAGUAAAACAGACGAUUGACAAAAAGCCCACGGCGAGCGACCCAUUCAAGCCGUACCGCUGCGUCCACCAAGACUGCGAGGCUGCUUUUGCCGUGCAGCACAAUCUAAUCCUUCACUAUCGGGCGGUCCACCAGUCGGCUCUGUCGGCUCUCGAGGUCAACAAGGAGCAAGAGUCAAACGAGGCGGAAGGGGAGAUGGAGCAGGAGGAGGAGGAUGACGAUGAGCCAUCCAUUUCCGAGUUCCGAUGUCAAGUUAAAGACUGCUCACGAGUUUUCCAGCAGGUCCCUCAGCUCAUGCAGCACUAUCUCCGACUUCACGAGUUCAGCGUUGAUAAAGUCGGGGAUUUGUUGUCGGUCAUUCGGCUCGGGAGAUUUGUUUGUGGUCACGAAGGAUGUGCCGUAACCUUCACCGCUUUCUGGAAGUAUAUCGCGCACAUUAAAGAACUACACAAAGACAUCAGACUGUCCAAGCCCGAAAACAUGUACAAAUGUGAAAUUGAGGGUUGUGACCGCGCCUACGCCACAAAGUCCAACAUGCUCAGGCAUCUCAUGAAAAAACAUAAUGAUUUUUACCAACUCAAACAGAAAAUCCAACCAAAACCUGAGCAUUGUGUUAAGCCAACCUCAAAGAAAGAGUUUCAGCUUAAUAAAACCAGUGACGGGAAAGAAAACAUUGAGACCAUUCAAACGAGUCCGCAGAAAGAAAGCAACGUGAAAAGAACACGGAAAAUUAACAACUAUUGGACUAAAUAUGAAAAACCGGUUUUAAAAUCAAAAGUGGAAGCAGCUGCGAUGUGUACCAAAUCCUAUCCGUUGGAGUACCCUUGCAUGAUUAAAGGUUGUGACUCGGUAAUGAAUUCAGAGAAGAGCAUUUUAAAACAUUACACCGUCCAUGGACUUACCGAAAAGUAUUUGGAACAGCACAGAAGUCACUACAUAUUCUGCAAAAAGUUUCCCAGGCAGAAAAAUGGCUCGGUCCGAAGCGAUGAAUCCAAAUCCGAUCAAUCUGAUACUGAACCGGAGCUGGCCGGUCUCAACGGCGCAGACGACACGCCGUUCGAUGAUUCCAAACCAUAUUUGCGCAAAAGGUCCAGCCCCAUCAUCUCCGCCGCGAUGCUGGACGGACUUUCCAACGACAGCAGCUCCGACGGCUCGGUGGUGUUGAAACGCAAGCGCGGGAGGCCAAAACGUAUCGUUGAGAAAAUCGUGAAACGCAAAAAAAUAUCCGCACCGUCCAAGGCGAGCGAGAGCCGAGGGGAGCGUUCGGAUUCAGAGAAGGAGUCCGACCAGUCCGUGUCUUUGGCCGCCUUCAAACCGAUGGGAUUUGAACUGUCUUUUUUAAAGUUUCUAGAACAGUCAAACAAGCCUUCUCUCCCGUGCGAGAUCCCGUUGAUAGGUCCGUGGGUCAGACUGUCUCACCUGGGCUCCAAAGAGAACUGUGUCAAAUUCAGCAACCGUCAAAAUCUGAAAUCUUUGGACAAGGUGAAGAUAGUUGUUGAUAAAGCGUUCGUGGGCGCCACCGAGCUCAUGUUGAAGCAGCUGCAGGACAUGCAGCCUAUGAUUAUUUUGGAGAAAAAAUAG